CCGCCCGCUCCCCCCUCCCCCCGAGCGCCGCUCCGGCCGCACCGCGCUCGCUCUGGGCUCUGGGCUCCGGGCUCCUGCUAAGCUAGCGCCGCCGUCGUCUCCCCUCAGCCGCCAUCAUGAUUAUCUACCGGGACCUCAUCAGCCAUGAUGAGAUGUUCUCCGACAUUUACAAGAUCCGGGAGAUCGCGGACGGGCUGUGCCUGGAGGUGGAGGGGAAGAUGGUCAGUAGGACAGAGGGUAACAUUGACGACUCGCUCAUUGGUGGAAAUGCCUCAGCUGAAGGCCCCGAUGGUGAAGGAACCGAAAGCACAGUAAUCACCGGUGUUGAUAUUGUCAUCAACCAUCACUUGCAGGAAACCAGUUUUACAAAAGAAGCCUACAAGAAGUACAUCAAAGAUUACAUGAAAUCAAUCAAAGGCAAACUUGAAGAACAGAAACCAGAAAGAGUAAAACCUUUUAUGACAGGGGCUGCAGAACAAAUCAAGCACAUCCUUGCUAAUUUCAAAAACUACCAGUUCUUUAUUGGUGAAAACAUGAAUCCAGAUGGUAUGGUUGCUCUGCUGGACUACCGUGAGGAUGGCGUGACCCCAUAUAUGAUUUUCUUUAAGGAUGGUUUAGAAAUGGAGAAAUGUUAACAAAUUUGGUAAUUAUUUGGAUCCUCUGUCAUCCUGACUGGCUGCUGCUUUUCAUCCACACAACACCAGGACUUAGACAAAUGGGACUGAUGUCAUCUUGAGCUCUUCAUUUAUUUUGACCUUGAUUUAUUUGGAGUGGAGGCAUUUUUUUUUAAAGGAAAAAAAAAAAACAUGUCUUGUAGGUUGUCUAAAAAUAAAAUACAUUUAAACUCACUUGAGAGAAUGCCUCUGAGUUCAAUAUAUUUAAACUAAAUUCAUUCCUGUAGUGUUCAUGGAGAAGCUAGAGCCUGGUCGUAGGUCACUACCGUGAAGACUGUCUUCAGAUGACUGCUACAGCUAAACUACUCCUGGGACCGAAAUAUCAAAACAGGAAUCGAAGGUCUUAACUCUGAGUCGAAGGAAAGGGAGAGACCAUGCUCAUAGUGAUGCCAGCACUGGAACUGGAGCCUUACAUAAUCACCACCUACAAACGGAAGUAGCUAACUCUGGAAGAGAUUACCAAAAGAAUAAAAAGAGACUAAAACAGUUGGAA